AUGGGCGAACGGAUCGACCCAGAACCGAGCCCAUCACAUCCAAACUCCACCGCCAAAGAAGAUGUCGAGAGCAUUGCCUCAAUCGACGAACCAGCACCGGUGUUGACAACAGAAUUGGACGACUACCCCAAGACGAACCACGCCACUUUGGAAAACGGCACGAGGUACGAGUUUCUCACAUUCGAGACCCCAAUCCCACUGGACGAGUCCAGGGGCAUUCCGCUGCCAAAUCUCCGACAGUACGAUUCACCGUUUGGCUGGUCGGCGCCACGCAAGAACAUCGUACUCAUCAUCAGCUGCUGGUGUACGUUCACCGCAGCGUACAGCGCGGGCGCAUACUCGAUCGCAUCAGAGCCGCAGCGACAGAAAUGGGGCGUGUCGAGCGUGGCAUUCGGCGUCGGCGUCACGAUGUGGGCGCUGGGCUUCGCCUGCUCGCCCAUGUUUUUGGCCCCGUUUUCAGAAAUUAAUGGAAGACGGCCCGUCUUUAUCGGCUCGGCCGUCAUGUUCCUGGUCGGGCAGAUCGGUUGUGCGGCGACAAAUUCCUUUGCAGCCAUGCUGGUGUUCCGAUUCAUUGUGGGUGCCGGUGCGAGUACUUUUGCCACCAUGGUUGGAGGAGUUGUCUCUGAUAUGUACCAUGCCGAGCAUCGCAACACGCCCAUGGCCAUCUACAGCGGCUCUGCGCUGGCGGGGACUGGAUUUGGGCCUUUGCUGUCGGGUUUCAUCGUCGGCAGGGCAAGCUACCGGUGGGUCUAUUAUCACCAGAUCAUCUCCCUCGGCCUGCUGUUUGUCACUGUAUGUGUCUUUUUCAAGGAGACGCGUGGUUCGGUCCUCCUCAGUCGAAAGGCAAAGGCUGUGAACGAGUAUCUUGAGAAAGCAGAGCAGAUCACCCAGCAACGUGAUGAUGACGACGACGACGGCCACAGAAACACACAAUCAGACGAAAAGCCAGCACCAGGAUCAACACCAGUACCCAGAACCCGACUCCGCUACAAAGUCGCAGCGGACGAGAACCGCUCGUCGCUCGCCCACAUGCUGUAUCUUUCACUCACACUGCCGUUCAAGCUCCUGGCGACCGAGCCCGUGGUGUUCUUCUUCUCGCUCUGGGCGUCCUUCGCAUGGGCGGUGUUGUACAUGACCUUCUCGGUGCUGCCGUUGAUCUUCCGCACGCGACACAACUUCACCACCGAGCAGAACGGAGCCGUCUUUGCAGCGAUCUCAAUCGGCAGCAUUCUCGCAACCAUCCUGUCGAUCGCCCAGGAACGUAUCGCGAAGAGACAUUGGCCAAAGCUGACGGAAAGCCCCGAGGGGAGAUUGUACUUCGCAUGUUUGGAAGCCGCCCUCCUCCCCAUCGGCCUGUUCUGGUUCGGCUGGACCACAUCCAGCAGCAUCCCCUGGAUCGUCCCCAUUCUCGCCAUCGGGUGCGCGCAGAUCGGGAUUUUCGUCAUCUACCUCGCGGUCUUCAACUACCUGGCGGACGUGUACCACGCAUACGCAUCGUCUGCGCUGGCGGCACAGAGCUUCAUGCGGAACCUCAUGGCGGCGAUCUUCCCGCUGUUUACGGACCAGAUGUUCAGGAAUAUCGGGUACCCGCAGGCGAGCAGUUUGCUGGGUGGGAUUAGUGCGCUUUUGACCUUGGUGCCCUGGGUCUUACUAUUUAAUGGGGAAAAGAUUCGCGCCCGCAGUCGGAUUGCGAGGCAGAUUAUGGCACAAGGCCAGGGCCAGGGCGGCUGA